AUGGAAUUCGCGUCUUCUUCAUCAUCCAAACACCAACGGUGGAUACACGACGUGUUCAUCAAUUUUAGGGGAGAAGACACCCGCAGGAAGUUCGUUUCUCAUCUCCACUAUGCCUUCUCGAAUGCUGGAGUCAACACUUUCUUUGAUGAACAGAAUCUUGUCAAGGGAAUGCAGCUUCAAGAACUCAUGCGAGCAGUAGAAGGGUCUCAGAUAGCAAUUGUUGUUUUCUCCAAAACCUACACUGAAUCAACUUGGUGCCUUGAGGAGCUCGAGAAAAUCAUCAAAUGCCACGAAACCCAAGGCCAAAGUGUUCUGCCUGUGUUUUAUGACAUUGAUCCAUCCGAUGUUCGUCAUCAGAAGGGUGAAUUUGGAAAAGCGUUGGAAGAAGCUGCACAGAAAAGCUAUUCAGGAGAACAGCUGAAGCAUGCUCUGUCCAGGUGGGGCCGCGCACUCACCAAAGCUUCAGGUAUCACUGGUUGGGAUGUCAGAAAUUUCAGGAAUGAAGCUGAACUAGCGAAGCAAAUUGUUAACCGCGUUCAGACAUUACUGGACUACGAAGUCCUAUCUAUUACAGAAUUUCCUGUUGGACUAGACUCCCGUGUGCAAGAAGUGAUGGGAUUCAUUGAAAAGCGUUCCACCCAAGUCUGCACGAUAGGGAUUUGGGGUAUGGGGGGAUCGGGGAAAACUACCCUUGCCAAAGCCAUCUACAAUCAGAUUCAUCACAGAGGUUAUGUCACGGAGAUACUUAAUGGUUGUGGACUAUGCGCUGAUAUUGGAAUACCAGUUCUCAUAGAACGUAGCCUCAUAAAAGUAGAGAAGAAAAACAAACUUGGAAUGCAUCCUUUGCUACAAGAAAUGGGAAGAGAGAUAAUUCGUGAAAACUCAAGAAAGGAACCUGGGAAGCACAGCCGAUUAUGGUUUCAAAAGGAUGUAGUUGAAGUAUUGACAAAGAAUACUGGGACAGAGGCCAUUGAGGGAUUAGUUCUGAAAAUGCAUUUAACCAGCAUAGAUUGUUUCAAAGCUGAUUCUUUCGAGAAAUUGAAGAGAUUGAGACUGUUGCAACUCGACCAUGUACAACUUGCUGGAAAUUAUGGGUACCUUUCUAAGGAACUGAGAUGGAUCUGUUGGAAAGGGUUUCCUUCAAAUUACUUACCAAACAACUUUGAUAUGGAAGAUGUAAUUGCGAUUGAUUUAAAACACAGUCAUCUUCGGUUUGUCUGGAAACAACCUCAGGUUUUGGGGUCGCUAAAAGUCCUUAAUCUUAGUCACUCCAGGUACUUGAUAGAAACGCCUGACUUUUCAACACUACCAAGUCUUGAACAGCUCAUUCUCAAAGAUUGUCCAAGUUUGCGCAAGGUACACAAUUCCAUUGGAGAUCUCUGCAAUAUUGUAUUGAUAAAUUUCAAGGAUUGUACAGGCCUAAGCAAUCUCCCCAGAGAGAUAUAUAAGUUGAAAUCUUUGAAAACGUUCAUCCUAUCUGGUUGUUCAAAGAUUGACACAUUGGAAGAAGAUAUAGCCCAGAUGGAAUCCUUGACAACUCUAAUUGCUGAAAAUACUGCAGUGAAAAAAGUCCCCUUUUCAAUAGUAAGAUCGAAAUGCAUCGGGUAUAUAUCCUUAUGCGGUUUUGAAGGACUGGCACGAAAUGUUUUUCCUUCUAUCAUCCAAUCUUGGGUGUCACCAACAAUGAAUCCCCUCUUUCGUAUUCGUCCUUUUUGUGGCACAUCAUGUUCUCUGGUUUCCAUGGAUACGCAGAAUAAUAUUUUGGGUGAUCUUGCACCAAUUCUUAGAAGCCUUUCAAAUCUUCGAAGUGUUUUGGUACAAUGUGAGACAGAGGUUCAACUAUCUAAACAAGUAAAAACAAUUCUGGUUGAAGAUGUCGUAAAUUUUAAAGAAUUUGGAAUUUCAAAGCAUCAUUUGAGGUCUUAUUUGAUUGGAAUUGGAAGUUACAAACAGAACUGCAAUAUUCUCAACGAUAUCAUAUCUGAGGUUACCUUCUCUUCUCUAGCUUUGCCUUUGUCUACUAUACCUGAACUAUUUAUUUUAGCUAUUGAUAAAGAGAACAUAAAAUAA